GCUGCAUCGGGCACAAGCACCACAAGGUCAAAGAUGAGUCUGCUCUGGGCAGUAGCCCUCUGUUUCCUCACUGUCGCACAAGGGGCGCAGGUUUGCUACGACCGAAUUGGGUGCUUCGCUGAUACCAGUCCAUACUCUGGCACCGUGCAAAGGCCAAUCACUAAAUUACCUUGGACUCCAGAAAAAAUCAACACCCGUUUCCUGCUCUACACCCGAUCCAACCAGAACAGCUUCCAGACAAUCAGUGCCAUAACCCCCUCUACCAUCUCAUCAUCAAACUUCCGCACCAGCAGGAAAACCCGAUUUGUUAUUCAUGGGUUUACGGACAGUGGGACUUCUUCCUGGCUCACUGACAUAUGCAAGAAACUCUUCGUCAUAGAGGACGUGAACUGCAUUGCCGUCGACUGGAGCGGUGGUUCCCGUACCCUGUACUCUCAAGCCUCCAAUAACGUGCGGGUCGUGGGCGCAGAAGUGGCUUAUUUUGUAAAGAUCCUACAGAGUAACUUUGCCUAUUCCCCGGCCAAUGUGCAUCUGAUCGGACACAGUCUGGGAGCUCAUGCAGCUGGAGAGGCAGGGAAGAGACAGAGAGGCAUCGCAAGAAUCUCUGGCCUGGACCCAGCCGAGCCUUACUUCCAGAACACUCCAGCAGAAGUCAGACUGGAUACAUCCGAUGCGGCUCUGGUCGAUGUCAUUCACACUGAUGCUGGUCCUUUAGUUCCAAGUCUCGGUUUUGGAAUGAGCCAAGUGAUUGGCCACCUGGAUUUCUUCCCCAAUGGAGGAAUUCACAUGCCGGGAUGCCCCAAGAAUAUUGAGAUCCCGAAUGUCAACGUGGAAGAUAUCUGGAAUGGAGUUGUUAAUUUUGUGACCUGUAACCACAUGCGUGCCAUCAAGUACUACACCGACAGUAUCGGUAAUUCCGGCACGUUCGUCAGCUACCCCUGUGCAAACUGGGACACCUAUCAGGCGGCUCGCUGCAAAACCUGUCCCAGUGCCGGAUGCCCAAAGAUGGGUCAUUAUGCAGACACAUACCGUGGCGUCACCUCUUCCAGCCAAGUCUUUUAUCUCACCACCCCUUAAUCCAACAUGGCACCUCUGAACUUCAUCUCUGUAAUACUUUGUAUUUUACAUUGUUCAAAUCAUUUUUAGGGAACAUGGUGACAGAACAAAGCUCUGCCCAAUGGUCCCUAAAACAAAUUAAACCAUUUAGUGCA